AUGUCCAUCGAACUGCCACCUUUCGAUGCGCUACCGCUGGAUAAGAACGGUCCUCCUGGUAAUGCCUGGGGGCUUUUUGGAGCAGCCGACCAGCUCGGCCGCCUGAAUCUGCUCACGAACGAGACGGUGCGGCUCGCAGCAUCCGAGCAGAUCAAGAUCGGCCAGCGAGUGUCACUUGACUGGCCACUCAGUAAACCCGUUCAUCCCUUCUUCAAUCGACAGAUUUUCUACCACCAUAUCCAGCACAAGGCCCCGCGCACGGUGAACGACGAUGUGAUUUUGUUCAACACCCAGUGCGGAACGCAGUGGGAUGGGCUAAGGCAUUUUGGGUACCAAGACGCGAAGAAGUUCUAUAAUGGUGUUACACAAGAUGAGAUAUCGUCAAGCGAGACGUUGGGAAUCAAUGUCUGGGUUGAGAAUGGUGGUGUUAUUGGCCGGGGGGUGCUGCUUGACUAUGGAGCCUGGGCAGCACGACAGGGCAUUGCGGUCGACGUCUUUACUAAGUACGGCAUUCCUGCAUUGCAUCUACAGCAGCUCGCCGACGAGGAGGGCAUUACUUUCCGCCAGGGUGAUAUCCUGUUCAUUCGUUCGGGAUUUGUGGCUGCCUACGAAGCGUUGAGUGCCACAGAGGAGGCUGACAUGCCUGCUCGAAAGAACCAAUCUUUCAUCGGCAUGGAAUCUUCACAGGCAUCUGCGCGCUGGUUCUGGGAGAACGGUUUCGCUGCCGUCGCCGGUGACAUGCCGGGCUUUGAGCAAAGUCCCAUCUGGACCAAUGAAUUGCAGCUGCACCAGUGGCUGCUGGCUGGUUGGGGAAUGCCCAUCGGGGAGAUGUUCUACUUGGAGGAAUUGGCACAGGUUCUGAAAGCCCAGGGCCGUCACCAUUUCUUUCUUACCAGUGUCCCUCUGAAGGUCCCCGGUGGUGUGGCAAGUCCGCCCAACGCCAUGGCAAUCCUGUGA